AUGGUCUUGAAAAAGUGCACCAUCUGCGACCGUAAAUUCAAAAAGACCGAGCACUACAAGCGACACGAGCGCUCCCACACCAAGGAACGUCCCUACGAGUGUAGUGUCUGCCAUAAACGGUUUUCCCGCAGCGAUGUUCUGAGCAGACAUGCUAAAGGCCAUGUGCAGAACCAGAAUAAUGAGGUAUCCCAGGCGACAAAUGGCACCAAUGCCGCGCAGAAUGCUACAGCGGACGCAAAUCUCUCACAGCCUUCGACCUUGAAUCCAGACCCUGCUCCAAUAGUCAUGGAUGACCAAAACCAGCUGUCAGAACGUCGGGCGUCCAUGGCCACGCCGGUGCAACCGGGGGAUCCCAACGAUGGCCCGAUGACACACCUGAUUCCCAAUGGCACAGACGCUCUGGAAGAUAGCCAACUGCCUCAUAUACCGACUCCGCGGGAUAUGCAGCUGGCUCCUCCAGGUGGGCUGUCGUCCAAUUUGGACUUUCUCGCCGAUAUUUCUGUCCAUCACAACCGAACCGAACCCGAGAUGAACCCCAUGAUGAUGGGUGAUCAGCAACCAUAUUUUGGCUGGGGAAACGUGUCUGCCCUGAAUCCCACGGAUCAAGAUGCAUCCCAGCGUCCUAUGGCCUUUGACGCAGUCCCAAAUGAGAUGCUACAGCUGUGGCUGGAACCACGGGCAGACAGCACAUCCCAUCAUAGCUCCAACGAUUACAUCAGAGACCCCGCCAUGAGUUUUAUGGGGGAUAACUUUCUUUCCCCCGGUCGAAGGAAUAGCCAUUCAAUUGAUCCGGUCAAGUACGGCGACAACAUCCCAAACGAGAGGUUCGCCCGAGUUGAGCGCUGCUGGUUUGCGCCAUCUCCACUUGUUGGUCGCUUGAUUAAUUCUCUAUGGCGGGACAUUUCGUGUUUCGAAUGCGACAAUCUAUUCGCAGUUCCCACAUAUCACUCGUUGAACUCGUUGACAGACAACUACCCCGGAACACGCUUUGGCCUGGACGAUGAGUGCCGACUCCGUCUACAGGCCAUCUUCGGCCUUACACAAAUGCCUGCUAUGCUGGGUUUCGGGGCUUCUACGGCUGACGCUGUCUCUCCAACCGCAUCUUCGACAUCCGGGUCAAUACCAACCUUUCCGCCGGCUGAAAUUCUAGAUAUGGCGCUCGACUUGUACUUUAGGCAUUUCCAUCCGCUCGUCCCGUUCGUCCAUAUGCCGACGUUUUGUGCAAGAACAACAAGAACAUCUCUGCUAUUCGUCAUGUGUCAGAUUGGAAUGAGCAUCUUGGGCACCAAAGGGUCAACGAGUUUCGUCAUGAAGACGUUCCCUUUUAUCCUGGAGAAAAUAAGUGGAGAGCUGUCCAAAUGUGCCGUUGGCAGUGCGACUCCAGCGAGUCUCAUGUCAACAUUCGCUGCUGCAUUUCUCAUGCUCAACCUGGCUGCCAUGACAGGGGAAAAACAGCAUUUGCAGCAGUCACAGAUGGUAUACAUCAAUCUCAUGUCGGUUGCUCAACGACAUGGCCUAUUCGUUGCCGCCGAAGGGCAUAUCUUGGACAUGGCGCUUUUUGAGGCUGUUCCGGAUCUUGACAUGCGAUGGAAAGCAUGGAGCCGAGUGGAAUCAGCAAAGCGUCUCAUUGUUGGCCUGUUAUCGCUCGACUCUUGGUACUCUUCAUUCCUCUCAACCAGCCCAAUCAUCAUGCCAGACGCGGUGCAACUCAUCCUACCUUGUCACGACUCACUCUUCAAAGCCAACUCAUCCUCGCGAUGGAUGCAGCUAAUCCGCAGCGGGAAACGCAUUCUCAUGCCCAUGAUCAAAUCGCCCUCGGAAACCGUUGACCUGCCAGCAAUGGAUUCGCCUGUAGUUGACGACAUCUGCAUGCAUGCGGUAUUGGCCAUGAUCCAGCUACGUCUUUCAGAGUCUUAUCACCGUCUGAUUUGUAACCGGACAACUUAUCCCUUUGUGCCGUGCCAUACAUAUGCCAUGGACGGCCGGGCUCGCUGCUUGACCACGCUGCAGGUCCAAGUAAUGAACGCAUACAGCAGCAACGACUAUUCACUCGAGCGCUUGAAUCCAAACUGCCUGGUCAUGUGGCACCACAUGUGCAUGACCCUAACCGCCGACAUGCAAAUCUUCAACCUCGCUGCGGGCCGUGACGGCGCCGAAGCAGCGCGCAGAGCUCUCGACGAUAUUGCAGCAUGGAGCCAAACCCCCUCCGCGCGGCGUGCGUGUCUGCAUGCCGCAGAGAUAUUCAAGAUCCUCUCAAACCGGAAAGCGUCGGACGAUAUCAUGUUCUUCUCGGCCUACGCUCUAUUCUCGGCGGGCCUUGUUUUGGGGCUUUAUACGUUUAUGGUAGUGGUACCACAGUCAACGACAACAGAGGUUCAGGUUGGCGCGGCGUCGAUCGAGGUUCUCGACGAUACUAUCGACUGGCAGCAGGUUGACUGUGAAGGGUUUAAUAUUACCGGUAACCAACCGUUUGCGACUGCGCCGACGGAUAUCCCCGCGAUCAAAUUUAUUCGCAAUGGAGGCACGAUUUAUAUUCGUGGUGUUCCGCAGCAGGGAGGAUAUCAGUCUGCGCGCCGGAUCAUGUUGGACUAUGGCGGCUUGCUCAAGGACACGGGGAAGUGGAGUGUGCGCAAGUUUGCUUAUGUGCUGCAUAUAAUGAGUGAUGUAUUGAUGGACGUUGACUGA